AUGGCACGUCGACUCAACAGAACAAGACUCCUACAUCAGGUAUCCAGCCGCCUCCUAGUUAGCUUUGAAGCCCUUGUUACGCUGCUCUCGGAGCAGGUGUCACAUCUUCGAAGGGAAAUUUUACAGGCUUUGAUGGAAGAUGAGAAAGAUGUUACACGUCCGCUUAGUCAAGGGAAGCCGUAUGUCUUUGACAGAGUGUUACCUCCUAAUACAACCCAGGAACAAGUUUAUAAUGCCUGUGCCAAGCAAAUUGUUAAAGAUGUUCUUGAAGGCUACAAUGGCACAAUCUUUGCUUAUGGACAGACAUCAUCAGGAAAAACACAUACUAUGGAGGGAAAGCUGCACGACCCUCAGCUCAUGGGAAUCAUUCCAAGAAUUGCACAUGACAUCUUUGAUCACAUCUACUCCAUGGAUGAAAACCUGGAGUUUCAUAUAAAGGUUUCCUACUUUGAGAUAUAUUUGGACAAAAUAAGGGACCUACUUGAUGUGUCAAAGACAAACCUCGCUGUACAUGAAGAUAAGAACAGAGUUCCAUAUGUUAAG